AUGUACGUGGGGCCGAGGAGGAUUCUGCUGAGGCUUACAUUGUAUCCUUCGGGCCUUCGUUCCCAGCUCACAUAUCGCCCAUGGUCUUGCACUUCUCGACUGGCUGCGAAGAGAAGCCGGCCGCCGACAUACGCCAAACCAGCCACACCAAAGACACCCGGUGCAGCACUUGAGACAGCGACCAAGUCGGAGCAGAAAUUGGGAAACAAUGGUUCCUACUACAUCUCGCCCGACCUUGCCAGUGCAUUGCACGGACUGGGCUUCUCUUCUAUUCCGGAUGUGGUCAAGGUGCUAAGGCGACUGUGUCAAGACCUGAAAAAGCUUCCUCCUGCGAGUGCCUUGGUGUCUGCAACCACACAGCAUAGGUUCGUCCAGCUUUCAGAGGAAGUGCUGGGCUCUGCUGAGGUUGCUCUGAUGCGAGAUCCACAGAUUCUGCGCAAGGCGUUCCAUUCACUGGGAAAGAAUGCAUUCCAUACUCAAAAUCGCAAGGGCGACGAAGGCUGUGAUGCUUUACGAAUGGCCUUCUUUGCGGGAGAGAUCGACGCGGGCGUGGAUGCGGCUGCAGCUGAGAUCGCUCUGGGUAGCGCACUGGGUCGGCAAGAGGCUCGUCUGUCCCCCCGAGUUGCCGAAUUCAUCAAGACAAAAGCAUUCGAAGGGAGUGAUUGGCUAGCGAUGUUACUGUACUUGGAUGAAAUGACGAGGAAACCCGGCAGCGAAGCAACUGCAAGAAAGAACUAUGAGCUCGCCAAAGAUUUAGUCGGCAUGGUCGAACCCAGCAAGCUGCUCCGUCGUCAAAACUCGUCUCUCCUGCAGCAUCCCAAAUUGCCGUGGAGGAUUCUUCAUGAUGCAGCGAAAAAUUACUUGUCUUACCUCGGUGAAGGUGCGGUCCACGAUCAAGUCCGUUCGGACCUUGAAGAUGCUAUUCGAGACGGCCUUUUCAAAUACUCUGAUCUUUCGGCAGCUCCUUUCGCGUUGCGUCAGCCGGGUGUGAUCAAGAAACACUCAAAGGAGUGGGUUGAGCUUGCCACGCAAUCCGCCAGCGCUGGCGAUCCAGACUCUUCCCUGCAGCUGGCAUUUUAUCAUCUCCGUAAAGAUGGAUGGCGUCCUGCAGAGCCGAACCGGAAACCUCGAGAUUGGACCGGCAUCGAGUGGCUCGCUGUCAGCGCCGCUCUGUCAGCUCCCGAAACGGACUCUAUGGCGGCAAGGUAUCUUGGACUCGCCCACCUUCUGCGUGAGCACAGAUAUGUGGACGAAGGUACCUCCUGGAUUGACUUUGCGAAGGAAAAUAUGGGCGAGGCGGGACUAGACCCUGACAACACGUGGCACCACUAUUUCAGCGAAUUUCAGCAGGCUUGGGAGGGCACGGACGAGUCCUUGAAGAAAUACGAGAAAUCCAGCGAGGAGUUUCUUGGGCAGUUGGAGUGA